AUGCAGGUGUCUGUGCCAAAGAUUGCAGGAACAACAACACCUGCGGGCAGCAAAACGCAAACAGCAGAUGUCACUGCACCAAACUGGGCUGGCCCCAGUAACAUUGUGGCAUUCUUACGAUGCCUGCGGCUAUUGGAUCUUGACCUACUGGAUGACUGGCCCGUCAUACACAAAGAGCUAUUUUCUGCCAAAACCUCACAACAGAACUUACAGCUGCGGGUGAAAUGCGUCGAAUGGAGUCUCUAUCGCCUCUUUGAGACCUGGGAUCCAGCAUACACAAAGGAUAAACUUCGUCCUUUCUUUCCUCCGCUUGCUCCUCUUCAAUCGAUCAACCUACGCGCUGCUUUGUACCGUGGCUUGACAGAGCUUAAGAAAAAUGGCAUCCUCGGUAAGGAGGCGAUUCUCCGAAAGACAAUGCUGGAUGAGUGUAAAGGAGAUAAGUUUGAAGAAGUUCUACGCGUGUUUGCCAUGGCCAUCCUGCGGAAAGAGGCAUGUCGGAGACUUCAUAGCGCCUCGCCCACACCUACCAGAUACGUCGAGGUGUUGACCGCACCGGAAGAUCUGUCAAUAGAGCAACGAGAGGGGCUCUUGCCGCUUGUGCUUGCUCACAGGAUAGAUCUGAAGAAACAGCUGGACGAGCGCCGCAGAAUCGAUGGCGAAUUUCGAAAUGAGAUGCGACAUUUGGAAGAUGCUCGUGCGAAAUUAAGAGAGAAGCGAAAGGUGGUGCUGGCACGGCAGGGAAAAUUGCCGAACAUUACGCAGGAGAAGCUUGAGGCGAUCUCAGAUGACGUUCAAGUUGCUUGGACAGGAAAUGAGCAAUGGGCAGAGGUACUACUUCACGGAGGGCUAAGCAACCUCGAGCUUCCUUUGACCGGAAACGCUGUAGAUGAUGGAGCACAACAAAUCCGUAGCACCACCGAGAAUGAACCUCUGUCUUGCCCACCAAAUAAUUUACUGGCAGACCUGAACGAAAGGAUAGAAAAACAUCGCUCCAGGCUUCGAAAUUGGACCGAGUUUCGUGAUUCCCUGGAGAAAUCUCAGAAAGACCCAAAAAGAGAAACACCGGUCCAGACGAGAAAAGCGAUCCUGGACUUCACUGCACACCAGGAACUUCGACCUGGUAUACCGAGAAAUGAAUCAGUAGUUUCUACGGAAACGGUCCCACAAGCUCCUUCAUAUCACUCUGAGGUAAUCGAAGCAAUGAGGGCGGAGUUAGCAAAUCUCAGAGCAUACAAUUCGUCCCGGAAGGUAUUUCCAACAAAGUCCAGCAGCCAAUAUCACGUCAAAAGAGAUGUCCAGCAAAAGCACAAUAGUACAGGCACCAUGAGCAAUACAGACGGGCCACCGCCCGAAGGAAAAUCGGGUGAUGCUGAGAUAUUUCGUGGCGAUGGCACCACCGGUCAGUCUAGUCAUCAAGCAGGUGAAUAUGAUGUUUGGCAGCAAGACGUUUCCAAGCAUGGAGAAGACUACUUCAGCCAAAUUCAAUCGGAUGACACUGAGGGCACAAGUCUUAUCCAGAACACUCAUAUUGCUCAACAGCCUUCGGAGCCAAGUAGAGCUCGUGUUCCCAACAAUAAUGUCGAGCAGUCAAAAACGACCCUUUCCGAGGCCUCCAAAUGUCAUUCCAUAGAGUCUUCCGGAGUACAACUUCCUCUGGUCUCCAGAAACAGAUAUGACGAUGAACUCUCAUCUCCCACAUUCAAACAAGGCCGCCUCCGUUUACCGCCACAAUCACGCCAGCUCCUCCAAAACCAAACUACAACCCAGCAAUCUACAGAUCCAGUUCCCACAGAAUCCGAGCCGGACAUCUUCUCCGCGAAUCUCCCAUCUCCAUCACCACCCAAACCCACGGGAACGACCCUUCUCGAACGCACCCGCCAAUCCAUGGCUCUACUCCCUUCCUCCACCGACACAGCGCCCAUCAACCAAACCCAUCCAACCACUUCCAGCCAAGACCGUCAACCCCAGAAUCUCAAUCUCAAACCCAAACCCAAGCCCAAGCACCCCGGCCUUUCACCUGCGACAACCCUCCCUCCAAACCGAUCCGCCACCGCAAUCCCAAAGCACCACCCCCUCAGCAGGGCCAAGACAACCCCCCACCCGAAGCCCACACCAGACCAAACCCAAACGGCGCAGGAAACAAGCUCAGCCUCGUACUCAACCCCCCAGCGCGGCUCCGACCGAGGCGGAGACGUAGAUGCAGAUCUAGAUCUAUUCAGCGAGCAAGCGGACUACGCGAGCGUAUUCAAGAGUCGACCCAAGGUCGCUGUCAGUCCUCCUGUCAUUGGCAGCAGCAGUCCCGAGAGGGGCCCUGGCCGGAGAGGGAGUACGUUUGGUUCCUUGGGAGAGGAGGAGCAUGAGAAUGAAGUGGAUGAUCAGGGGAGUGGUUGGGGGUGGAGGUGA